AACGCACCAUGACACUGGCAGCUAGCCUAGCCGGCUAACUUUGCUAAUCUGAUUUAUCGUCUCGGUUAAGCGCCCGUAACGUUAGCCAGGAUUACCAUAUUUAGUUUUCCAUAUCUAGCGUUUAACGCAAUAUCUACUUGACACCAAAUAGCCAAUCAUUCCCAGGAUGGCAUCGCUUGGGGAGCCCGUGCGGUUGGAAAGAGAUAUUAACCGUGCUGUUGAACUGCUCGAUAAGCUUCAGAGGACAGGGGAAGUGCCUCCCCAGAAGCUGCAGGCACUGCAGAGGGUGUUACAGAGUGAAUUCUGUAACGCUGUCAGAGAAGUUUACGAACAUGUGUAUGAAACAGUGGACAUCAACAGCAGUCCUGAGGUCAGGGCCAACGCCACAGCUAAGGCUACAGUGGCAGCUUUUGCAGCAAGUGAGGGACACUCACACCCACGUGUCGUGGAACUGCCCAAGACAGAAGAAGGCCUGGGUUUCAAUAUAAUGGGUGGAAAGGAGCAAAACUCACCUAUAUACAUCUCACGGAUCAUCCCGGGAGGCAUUGCUGACCGACAUGGAGGCCUGAAGAGAGGCGACCAGCUUCUGUCUGUUAAUGGGGUGAGUGUGGAAGGUGAGCACCACGAGAAGGCUGUGGAGCUCCUGAAAGCAGCUCAGGGCACAGUGAAGCUGGUAGUAAGGUACACCCCCAAAGUCCUAGAGGAAAUGGAGUCACGCUUUGAGAAAAUGAGGUCGGCAAAGCGCCGGCAACAGAACAACUACCCCCAGUAGGAUUUUUCUGUGUUGAUGCCCAGCUCCCAUGUCUCUCCUCCUCUAGCCUUCUGGCCAUGUGUUCUGGUCUCUUUCUCCCUGCCCCCCAAAAAAGCAUAACAAACACACCCCAGUUUAGUUUCAGCUCCCACUCACACAUACUGUAUUUUGUGCUUUGAUCUGUUUUCUGUAGCAUUUUUAAUAUUCACCAUUGUUACACUGGACACUACAGCUCUAGACAAACACUAAAUGAUCAUGAUUGUCAGUGUAGGUGGUCACUCACACUUGUGCAUUAUUUUUGAAUUGACAAUUUGAAUGCAACUCUGCUUUUGAGACCAACUACGCAGUUCCUUUGACUGGAAAGGUAGUGUUUUUAAUUCUUUUUAUCACAGCCACUACCAAGUGCCUCAGGGCAAACACAUUUAUCUCCAUGUCCUGUGUUCACCAUGACAAUUUUCUUUUUUAACGGUUUAAAGUCAAGUACUGGUAAUUAAAUGCUUGUGGCAGGACUUACGACACGCUUUGCAUCUGUUAUUCUCAGAGAUCAUUUGAUUUGAUGUAAAUACAUGAUAGACAUGUACAACCCUUUAAUUGUGCAAAGUUAAGAAAAAGGUACAGUUUUGUUUUUGUUGCUGCUCUACAGGCAUGUCGGCAGUAGGGAGGCUUCGGAGGAGUUGAUUUUAAUUUGUUAAAAAAUCUAGUUACAUGUGGGAUAAUAAGGGAAACCACUGAAAGGACAUUUAGAAUCAGAAGUGAAGGAUUAUGUUGUUAUUUUUCUCUGGGCUUUUACCUUUAAAGUUCUGAAAUGUCACACCACGCUAUAAAAAGCCCAGCAGGUACUGUAAGUGAUGUAAUGGGGUCUCAGCAACUUUUGAACUAAAUUCCUGCCACCACAGAGACUCACAUUUCUACUUUUAUCAAAGUAAUAAACCUUUGUAAGCAAAGCGCUCGCUGUCAGCAUGACGUGAGAUGAAGCUUCUGAUUAAUUUGUCUCGACAUAAAUCAGGAGUGUACUGUAUGUCAUGUUUUUCCUUUUUGCCAGGUUCUUAAUGAGAAGUCGGUUACUGAACAUUUAGCUUUGAUCUUUGCUAAAAUCUGCUUGUUUGCAUCAUCCAGUGAAAGAUUAAGACAUUCAUAAUAUCACACAAUCUGAUAAUAUCAAGCUUUAGGUCACAGUAAUGCUUAAUGUGAGCUUUCAUUGUUGUUUUGAUUGAAAUGGCAGACGUUGAUAUCACGGCUGAUGAAUUGCUCCUUCAUAUCCAGACAUUACAGUGUUUAGGGGAUCAUGCUGUAAAUCUGCUGCAUUGAUGCAUCUUAUUCUGCCAGUUUAUAACAGUGAAGUCAAUGUCAACAAUGUCUUGCAAAACAAAAGUGUGUCUUCAUUGAAACAUUCAUGUCAUUUUAACUUUUUUAUCCUGGGUAGUACACACACUGGGUCUUUAACUGCCUGGAAAACAUGAAGUUAGGCGCUGGGUGCUACUCUUUUGCCAACUUUCAAGGGUGCAGAGGCAGAUUGCGCCUGAUGUUGCAAGGCAUCCAUAACCUUCACUAGCUUACUCACCAGAAAUCCUGAGUUCAAAGCUGAUCUUCUUCCAGGCAUUGUUUUUUAAGUGUAUAUUAGUCCUAAAAUAUUGUUUGUGGGACAAAUCGUAAAGCUCUGGGUAUCCAUAUUUAUGAUAGACUGAUAUUUACAGAAGAAAGGGAAGAUAUCUGCAUGCAGUGCGCUUGCUGCAUCCCAAAACUUUAUCUCACACCCUGAAAAACAGGCACCCAGGAACUCUCACCCUUGAGUUCACUCUCCGCACGUCUACAUUGAUAUCAUUGGAUUUGAGGGUGCAAAAAUCGUGACAUGUGUACAGGCUCAUUAACAUCUUUAAAGACAAAAAAUAAUACCGGUGCUAGGAUAAUAUUUAAAGAAAAAUGUCUGACUUUUUUUUAUGCUUGCCAAAAGCAAAAAGCACACUCACUACAUCUCAGUAGUGUAAUAAUAACUUAAACCACUUUCUCACCUGUGUGUCACUGCAGGUUAAUUUACAUACCUUUUCUUUGGCAUCGCAAACAGUCCUCUUUGCUACAUUAAAGUCUGCAAUCUAGUGGCACUCAUGUACUCUGUAUGUAAUACACAACCUGCACAAUAUGUGAAAACAAGAAUAAUAAUGACUAAUACUGCCAAACAGUCGUGUUUGUUCUGAUAUGCGGUUUUAAGCGGGCUAAUGUCAACAGUGUCAGUAAUCCUCAAUAUGCUGUAUAUUUAGGCUUUCCUCACACAUUUACAGCACUUACAAAGUUUUUAUAGUUUUAAAGUGUUUGCAGGAUGCAUGCUUAGCCAUCGUACAGAUAUUCCUUCUUAUGAUGUGGAAUAUUAAAGCUUAGGGCAACCUCUCCUGUUUGAGAAGCCCAGAUCCUACCCUGAUACCUGCAUGUCAUUCAAAUAAGUCCUGAAGUCAUGAAAACAUCAAUUAUUCAAACAAAUAACAACAAAAUGACCCCAGAACUAAUUUGAUUUCAGAGAUUUAGUCACUAAAGUGUUUUGUUUCCAUGGUAGAUGCAGUAUGAUGUAUAUAGCAUGAUGUGAUCUUGGCUUUGGCUGACUAAGCCAUGCUAUUGACCAGUCUCAGGAUCAACACAUCACAUCACUGAGACAGGACGGUUGUAAUGAUGACAGUAGAUGUGGUUUACCUAACUGAUGUAUAAAAAUAAAUAGAUGGUGGAUAAAGUCAACAGAAACACACGGCAGUAGAAUAAAACAGGAAAAGUUUGCUUUCAGUGCAGCUUCAGUCUCUCUUUGAAUGGUGUCCUCAGCUGUUUAACCAUUCUUCAGAAAUUAAUUCAUUUUUAAUGCAGUGUAAUGUUCAUUAGAUAUCCAGUUGAGUGGUGACUCACAUGACUUAAUGCCUACUUAAAUAGCUGUACAGUUUUUGUCAUCAGGGCAUCUGAAAUUAGGUCACUGACUCCCUCUGUAGCUACUUUUGUGACGUACUUACUUUUAAAUUUGGUGUUUUUGUGUCUUUAUCCACCAUCUUGUCACAUACAAAAAGGGGAGCUGCCUGUGACAUCAGCAGCUCAUUCAGGAAUAUUGUCCACAGGUACUUUUGGCAUUAAAAAAAUAUACUUUUGUGCACUGAAAUGCAUCAGCAAGUGCUAAAAAAAUACUGAAGUUAAUUUUUUCCCACAAGAGUGAGUGUCAGCCAGUAAUUAUAAGUUGUAGUUAAUAAUUGGAACAAAAAUUGAGGUCAAAUUUAGAGCAAACAAAUCGCUCUUUGGCUCUUUGCUUUUGCUUUAUACACUCUGAACAUAUGUCCAUCAUUACCAUCCACCUGUUCCUUUAAAUAUCAGGUUUACCUGCAGGAUUAUCUUCACUCAAGUCGGCAGAAGGCAUUUUAAUCAAACUGUAUGUUACCUUAAUAUUACUUUAAAUAUUGCAAGAAAAUGAUGGUAUAUGAUGAGCACAUGGCCCAGGUGUAUAUCAGCACGUGUGCUCCCUGUGAUCCAUUACUCCUUAUGAAAAAUGCUGAAUUUUGGGACAAAGUCUAAAACAAAACAAACACACAGUUCCGCAAAAACUGAAUGCAAAGUCAAUUAUCUAUGCAAGGUCAUUUAAAAUCUUUGGAAAUAUCUUGUAAUGGUGCAAACUAGUUGUCAUUUAACUGCAGUGAGAUAUUGGAAAUUACCGCUUUAAGGCUGUGUGGACAAAAGUUUGUGAACGCUGCACUUAGACACAUUGGAGAAACAUAAUCUUAUGAUGAUGUUUAUUAAUGUAACAUUCUCAUACUGCUCACAAUCAAGUAGUUGCAGUGAAAUUUUCCAGGUGAUAUUAGCCUUGCUAUCUAAUUAAUGAUUGUCAGGAUGCAUGGAGAGGAAGAGGCUUAUGUGAGCGCGUGGUUAGUAAUAGACCAUUCCAUAGGCUACUUUGAACAUACUUUUGUUUUGAGGCAGAAAACUUAGCGGAAGAGUCGGGCGUGUACAUAAGAGUCGAAAUGUCUUAAUAUAAUGUAUAGUUUGUCCCUUAAUUGUGUUUAUCCAACACUAGCUAGCUACAUUCACUGCUUACACACACACAUGAAUAGUAAAAUCAGGAAAAAAAAUGUAACGAGACUUGGUAUUGAUAUUGCACAGUCACACUCUCCACUGAAUGUCACUGACCAUCGUCUGACUUAGUUGCAACGUUUUGUGAAGGUCCCUUCAACUUUCUACCCAUUUUCCUUGUCUAAAUAUUGGAAUGGUCAAUAGAGUAUUUUUUAUAAUAGUUUUCUUUUGAUAUUUUUCUCAAUUUUUAUAAGUGAUUUUCCUAAAAAACAAAUACCAGGAAUGAUUGGUACUUCCAUUUUGACUGUGUACCAGGGCCAUAUCAGCAAAGCCUCUCUGAAAAGCGGCGCUGACGCAGGACUGACGUCUCUCGACUGUGAGAUCUCACACACUCUAAGAGAUGAACCGUCCCGCGUCAGAACAUCUUUUCUGGGAUCUGAACUGAUUUUUCUUUUCUUUCUAGUACCAAGACCAAACUUACAACAUUUGUGAAAACUUUGAUAAUGUUUUGAAAUGUUUUAGCCGGUGCUUGUCUAGGAUUAUUACCUGUAGACUGUGUUGUGUUAUUUUGUGUUUCUUACCUAAUUUACUAUGUUACAUUGAUGUGGAAUGUAAAAUGUUGUGAUGUAGAACAAAAUAAUAGUUGGACUAAAGGCUAAAUAAACAGUGCUUAAAUUUA